UCAUAUGGCAUAGACAAUCACAUGUACAAUUUAUAAAUCUCUGAAAACAAGCUAACCUUUUAUUUACAUAGGAUGUGACUGUGGAUUGCUGUCAAAAUGAGUGAAACACCUUCAACUAGUUACUCGGUGAAUCAGCCAAACUCCUCCGAGAGUGAACAGAGUUUAUCCACGCGCCAUUUCAAUGUUACUGAACCUGUUGUGGCAAAACGGAUCUGUUUCUAUAAAAGUGGAGAUCCUCAGUUUAAUGGGAUCAAAAUGGUCAUCAACAACCGGUCUUACAAAACAUUUGAUGCCUUGCUGGAUAGUUUAUCCAAACGGGUCCCAUUACCCUUUGGAGUAAGGAAUAUUAGUACACCAAAAGGGAGACACAGCAUCACCAAUUUGGAGGAUCUUGAAGAUGGAAAAUCUUAUAUUUGCUCCCAUCAGAGGAAAAUGAAGCCCAUCAACCUGGAACAGGCUAGCAAAAAGCCGCUGCCCUGGCAGAUCAGUAGGCCCGUCAGCGCUCGCCGUCGAGCUGUGCAAUUAGCAAGGGAGAAUGAAGAUGGAUUUGGCCAUCGAGAAAGCAAAAUAACAACUCCCAAAAAGAUGCUUGUUUACAAAAAUGGGGAUGUAAGACUCAGGCGCACCGUAGUUCUGGGAAAGAAAAAUACACAAACCUUUGAGGCCUUUCUGGAUUAUAUGAGUGAGUUAAUGCAAUACCCAGUUGUGAAACUAUAUACCACUGAUGGCAGAAAGGUUCCUAAUCUUCAGGCCCUGAUAUUGUGCUCUGGAGCUGUAGUCGCGGCAGGGAGAGAGCCUUUUAAACCAAGCAAUUAUGAUUCUCUUGGGUAUUCACGGCCUGCUAAAUUGCUUGCAAUUGCAAAUCGUGUGUACCCGAAAGCAAAUGCCAAGUCAGAAAGUGAAAAUAUGACUACUCACAUGGGCUCUAGCUCAAGAUCUCAGAUAUUCUCAGUUUCUUCUGAUAAAGGGUCCAGCAAUGAUAACAACUCAAAUGAUAACAACUCAGAUUCUUCCUAUGUUCCUGACAGUCAAAAUGAUAUAGGAGGAAAUCAGUCAGUUACUGGUGAAGAAUUAUCUGUGGCACAGUAUGAAGAUGACAUUGAGAAAUCUGUUCACCUUAAUCAAGAUGGCAGUAUCACAGUGGAAAUGAAAGUUCGAUUCAAAAUUAAAGAGGAAGAAACUAUUAAAUGGACAACCACUGUAAGUCGUGCUGGCCUUUCUGAUGACAAAAAUAUCGCCAUUUGCAGUUCUGCAAUGCAUGCAGAAGACUGCUUAUCCGAUGUAAAUGUAUCAGAAUGUAUAAAACCAAAAGAUGCUACAUUUUUGAAGAGCUACAAUAAAGAAGAGGGAGACUCAUUACAGGAUUUCAAUGCAGCAGUGUCAGACAAAGAAUCAGAGUCUGGUUUAAAAACUGCUGAUUGUAAUAUCUGUAAGAACAGUUCUGCAGAUCUAGAUAUAAACAAUGUGCCUGAGGAUAAUAUGAGGCCUCGCUUUUAUAGGCCUCCCACCCCUGGGCCAAGACGUGUUAGACAAAAGAAAGCAGUAGUUGAAAGUGUCACCUUGGUAUCUGAGAAAGAGGUCCAGGAGAAGACAAUAGGACAGUUUUCCUAUACCGAGGAAAUACAGAACAGAGAAAAUAAAUCUGAGUAUUGCAUGGUAGCUCAUUCAAGCAGAAAAAAAUCAAGUGUCAGUAAUCCAAAGUUUAGUGAGACAAGUGACAAUGAUUUAUUGAAGCUUUCUUCAGAGAAUAUAAAAGAAGAAAUGCUUUUUAAAGUAAGCCACAAAAGUGAAGAUUUAAUAGAAACCACAAAUAGGGAGACAUUAGAAGUGCCUGACGAGGAUGAAUUGGUACAGAAUAUAUUAGAGAAAUCAGUUGUGGAACAAGGUACAUAUAAUAGGUUAGUAUCAACCUGCAAAGCUAACAUCAGUGGUUUCAUACCAUCACCAAAAAUUUACCAGGCGGCUAGGCCAGGCUCAGCAGACCACAUUCAUGAGUCAUGUGAUAUUAAACAAAUCAAAAGAUCACUGAGUUCUUUCAUUAGAUAUUCAGAAUUAUGUCAGUCAAAAGAAGGAGCAAAAUGCAAAGCUACUGAUUUAUUACCUAUUUCUCAAGAUUCAGUGCAUUCAGCCUGUCACGGACAUAGCCAGAUGAAGACGAUGGUAUCUCCAUGUAGUAAAGCUCCUACUGAGAAAAGAAAUCCAACAAAUGGAUUCUUUCCUACUGUUACUGAAAGUGAGAAUCAAAGCAGCAUCAGGACAGGAUCCACAAUGGCAACACAUCUCAUUGAUGACAGCCAAUCUGCAUCUUCCCUCACCAAGAAGAAGAAGAAAAGAAAAUCAUCUAACUCUCUAGAGCAAGGCAAAAGCAUAUGUCCUGAAGAGUUCUAUCACCAGGAUUCAGUGGAACAAAAUGGAUUAUCAUCUAAUAAAAAAACAAGAAAAAAGAACAAGUUGGUCAAGAAAAAGCAAAAGAGGAUGAUGAAAAAUCUAAGUACAAGUGCAAAUAAGUUACACAUGUCAGAGAGUGCCAUUACACUAGAGACUCUAAAACAAGAGAAUUUUGAAGAGGAAGUCGUUGAGCAUUCACUUGAAAACUAUGUCCAAACUUGGCUGAAAAACUUGUUACCAAAUUCUGUCUUACCCCCUAUAAAUAAAAAAGAAGGGAAUGUAGAGAAUAGCAAUGUCUGUCAUUUUCCUGAAGGAAGUACUGAUGCUUCUAUAGAUAAAGAAACAAGUUUUAUCACAAAUAAAGUGCAUGUGACUGGAAAAAACCAUCUAGUUGAACAUAAUUUAACCAGAAAAACGUUGAAGCCUAUUUGUGAGUUGGGAACUUUAGAAGAAUCAGCCAAGGAUUCAGGUGAAAACCAAACUGACUCUUCGAUUCAUGCUAAUACAACUAUAGUAGAAGCAGCCAAGUAUUCACUAAAGUCAGAAUUUCAUCGUGAUGGUAAGCUAAACUUGUUUCAUGAAACACAUGACAAUAAUAAAAGCAUGUCAGAAUUUGAUAUUCAAGAUACAAAUCUAUGUGUAAGAAAAAAAUCUGAAGUUGCUGUUCAAGUUGAUUGUGCAAUUGUCAAUGAGAAAGUGGCAAUUGAUGUUCAGAAUAACUGCAUGUCUAGCAUGUUGCUGCAUGAACUACAAUCAACUUUGCUUGGUCUUCAGAAAGAACGUAGUGGAUGUACAGGAAAAGCUUGCAGCCUUUCAGAUCUUUCUCCUUCAGCUUUUGGUUCUUCCUCCAACGUCCUCCUAGCUUGGCUACUUGUACUGAAUCUGGGAGAGAGUUUGAUUGGGACAAUCAAAGAUGAUGUGCAAAAAACUACCUGUAGCUGUUCUGAAAUAUUUACACAGUUACAAUUUCUGAAACAAACAACAGUCAUAGAAAAAGUUGAUGAACUGAAGGCUGCCUUCUCACAUUUUCAACGGUCAACAGAAAAUAACUUCUUACACUUCAGGAGGGAACUCAAAAAGCAGGACUCCACACAUUGCCAUGAGAAUAUACCCAUAUGUGAAAUUCAUAAUGGUAUACAUUUGCAUGAAAAAGAAAAAUCAGUUGAGCCUUGUAUUCCAAAGGACAGUGUAAAUUCUGAAGAAGCUCUAAAAUUGACUGGUGAAUUAGAAAACUGUUUUGAUAUACAGAAAGAUCGUUGUAGAGAAACAGAGACUUUAGACUUGAGUGCUCCCAAAACACAGCUAGAUGGUCAAUAUGCCAAUACUAAUUCGAAUACCUGUAGCAUUGUAUCAGCUAUAGAGCCACCUGAAAGAAAUGAAGAAAUGCCUGAUAGCCUAUAUAAAAAAUCUCAAGAUAAAACCACUGAUGCAUCAUUCACUAAUGAAGAGUCAGAAACUUCAGUAGAACCUAACUCGACAGUGCAUAGUGUAACUUCUAAUGAUAAAAGUCAUAUUUUAGAUCAUGAUAUUUCCGAGUUAGAAGGUGAGAAAGAUAUUAUACAUGUUGCUACUGUUAAAAGUGAAGAUGAGAAAAUUGAUCCAAGGUCAGCAGGUAAUGACAAAAAAACAAAUAACCAACUGAAACUAGCUGUUGAAACCUCUGUAGAAUAUAACAAUGAGGAUUAUUCUGUCCAGGAAGACAAGGAAGAUGCAGACACUUGUGAGGAAACCUCUGAGAGGUUGUCUACAGUGUCUCCAUUAUCAUUUUGUUAUGAAUCAAAGCAAAUUACAGAAUGUGGUAUGAGUGAAGGAGAACAGAAAUUGCAAGUAGAAGAACUGGAGAAUAAAAUGUGUUCAGAUACUUCUCAAUCAAAAAAAUGUUUAAGAAGUCCUGCUACUUCAGACUGGUCAGAUUACAGACCAGAUACUGAAGAGAGUGAUUAUAACUUUAGGGCAUCCAGUGAUUUGACCAAUGAAAGUGGGGAGGAAGCAGUACUUGAAAAACAUUAUAAUACUGGCUAUGUAAAAAGAACUAUUGAACGACUUUAUGGCAAGACGGAAGCUUCAUUUAAGCCUGACUUUCACAAAACAUUUCCUUAUAUGUCAAAAGUAUUUCAAAAGGAUACUGAAGAAUUCCAUUCUGCAGUGGUGGAAAAAACCAUUUAUUUUUCUCAAGAGCCUAGGUCUUGUUCUACAGAGAAACUGUCACAUUCUUCACUACCAUCACAAGAAUUUCCAGUAAACAUAAACAAAGAUGACAGUACAUUGAGACAAGAAAUUACUUCUUUACCAACAUCACAACCUACCCUUAACAGAGAAAAGACAAGUUAUAUUAAUGGUCAUUCAGGGGAAUCUCCAAAGCAGCAGCAUCAACCUAGUGUACAAGUUAAUGAAGGUGAAGGAAUAUUGAUAGAUAAAGGCAAAUGGCUUCUCAAAGAAAAUCAUUUGAUAAGAAGAUCACCACCUGAACGGAUUGGAAUGUAUGGUAAUUUGGAAACAACAUCCACAGACACAGUCGUUGAUACUAACAGUGAUGAUGUUCCAUAUUCGCACUUUGGCAAUCUGAAUCAGUACCCAGUCCUCAAUGAAAUCUCUUCUUCAGAACUUGAAGACAUGGCUAAACCUUCUGAAAGUUUUUGCAACUACUUCAAUAUACCUCAUAAUAGUGAUUCAGACCCGUUUCAGGAUGACUUAAGUACAAAAAACAAACCUAGCCGCAAUGGUAAGAUCACUUCCCUUCCUGCAGCGAACAAACAAACGAUCAAAUCAUCGGUCAUGGUAGGUUCUACUUCCACACAUCUUUCCACACAGGCUGAUACCAAUUUUCCAGCCUUUACAUCUGUAGAAUUUAGAUUGCCUGAUAACAAGGUGCAUCCAUUGGAACAACCUUUAAAUGAUGAACCCAUACAGUCUCAGCCAACCAAUGUUAGUAAUGCUAACAGAAGUGCUCUUCAGGAAGAAGAUUCUCUAGAUAAACUCCAUGCUAUAUGUGGCCAACAUUGUCCAAUACUGAUGGUAACAGUAACACCAAUUAAUGAGGAACAGAGAGGAUAUGCCUACCAAAAGGCAUCUGAUAUUGAGAACCAGCUGGGUCCAUGUUUCUUGGCCAAAAAGAGUGAACAUUUACAAUGGUUAGGUGAAGAUUUAAUAACAGAUGAAAAUAAUCAUGUGAAUUUGAAGAGUAACUGUAUCGAUAAGAUUGCCAAUAAUAUUUUUAAUAGGUUUUAUGCUAAUAACACCUUAGAUUUUAUUAGUAACUUUGGAAUACUUGCAUCUUCAACUCUGAAAGACACAAGCAGUUUAGGGAAGUUACACGUUAUUGAGGAUAUGAAUGUAAAACACAUGGAAGUCAGCAAUUGUCAAAAUAAUGUAUCCAAACACAUACCCAGUGAUCUUGUGAGAGGCACAAACAGUGAGCUACCCAAUAGAAAGCCAAAAAUAUGCCAAGCCCUAAGAAUAAGCCUAAGUCAUAUUGUUGGAGAAAAAUUUUCUCCCAUGUUGGCAGAUCCUACAGAAACCUGUCAUUCUGAAACAUUUCUGAAGUGUGACACUUCUUUAAAUAACAGUGAACGUAAUGCCUCUGAAGAUCUGAAAAUUGAAAAUGCCUUUCCUACAGAAAAAGAAGAAGAAGACAACGAAGUUUGCUUUUGUACAAUAGACAAUGGAAAUAGUAAGGAUGAGAAAGAGUUGUAA